CUCCCCGGCCGGGCGGAGGCGGGGGCCGUGCUGGCGCCGCCGCGGCCCGCUCCGCACGGGGAAGGCAUAACUCCUCCAGCAGACCCAGAAGGAGCUCAUGGCUGUCACAUGGAAUAGCAGAAGGACAGGGACAUCUGUGGAAAAUAGAAAAGAAAAAAUGAAGUAUGUAUUUUUAAUAUUUUUCAUGAAUUUAUUACCACAAUAUGCUGGGAAGUCAUUGAGAAGAGAUGACAGUAACCCAAAACCAUUUGAAGAUAUUAAAAAUGAGAUAGCUGGCUAUACUGAUGUUGCUAAAGCUAUUAUUGAUCUUGCUGUUCAUGGAAAAGCUCAGAACAGAUCCUAUGAAAGAUUAGCAGUUUUUGCUGAUACCAUAGGACCUAGACUCAGUGGUUCGAAAAAUCUAGAUGCAGCCAUCAAGUAUAUGUUCAGUGCUCUGCAGGAAGAUGGGCUGGAAAAUGUGCAUCUGGAGCCUGUGAAAAUACCACACUGGGAAAGAGGAGAAGAGUUUGCAAUGAUGCUGGAACCAAGGAAUCACAGCAUUGCUAUUUUGGGGCUUGGGAGCAGUGUUCCAACUCCUCCAGAAGGAAUUACUGCGGAAGUCAUAGUGGUAGCCUCUUUUGAUGAACUGCACAAAAGAGCUCAGGAAGCCAUUGGGAAGAUUGUUGUCUACAAUGAACCUUUCAUCAGUUAUGGUGAAACAGUGCGAUACAGAUCGCAGGGAGCAGUGGAAGCUGCUAAAGUUGGAGCAGUGGCAUCCCUCAUUAGAUCCAUUGCUUCUUUUUCUAUUCAUAGAACAAUCUCUCCAGUAUAUAAGAAAUCCAACAGAGAACAUACUACAAGGCCAAAGAAGACCAAGGAGUACUUUGACCCAGUCUGGAGACUGUUAACAAGGACACAUACUUGGUCAAGUUCUCUUUUUGGGCUCAAUUCAGCAUCUUAUCUGACCCCACAUACUGGGUGGCAGAGUUACCACCCUGAUGUGCCCCGCAUUCCCACUGCUUGCAUCUCGGUGGAAGAUGCUGAAAUGAUGUCACGAAUGUCUUUACGAGGAACUAAAAUCGUUGUGCACCUGAAGAUGGGGGCUAAGACCUAUCCAGACUCUCCUUCCUUUAACACUGUGGCAGAGAUAGUUGGAAGCAAGUACCCGGAGCAGAUUGUAUUGGUCAGUGGACAUCUGGACAGCUGGGAUGUUGGGCAGGGAGCUAUGGAUGACGGUGGUGGAGCAUUUAUAUCAUGGGAAGCAUUAUCACUCAUUAAGGAUCUGGGACUUCGUCCAAAAAGGACUCUGCGCUUGGUGCUAUGGACGGCAGAAGAGCAAGGAGGAAUAGGUGCCCAGCAAUACUACCAGUUGCACAAGGAAAAUAUUUCCAACUUUGAUAUUGUCAUGGAGUCUGAUGAGGGCACCUUCAAGCCAUCUGGACUGGGGUUUACUGGCAAUGCUAAAGCUCGGGACAUCGUGAAAGAGAUCAUGGCUCUGCUGCAGCCCAUCAAUGUUACGGAUGUUUAUGACAACGCAGAUGGAACGGACAUCGAUUACUGGAUGAGAGACGGCGUUCCCGGUGCCAGCUUGCGUGAUGACCUCAGUAAAUACUUCUGGUUUCAUCAUUCUCAAGGGGACACGAUGACAGUUCAGGAUCCAAACCAGAUGAAUCUCUGUGCUGCUGUUUGGACUGUUGUCUCCUAUGUAAUUGCUGACAUGGAGGAGAUGUUGCCAAGGUAAUAAAACAGUGAGAAAGAAGAUGUCUGUUCUUCAGUAAAGAUUGUGAGUCCACUAAUGCAUGUGGUCUACAGCUGUGGGAAAUUCCAUUUUUCACCCUGAUUUUGUGCAUUAUGAUGUCUGUUUUCCUCAAAGCACAUGCUCUUUAAAACAUUCCUGUUUCUUUUUACUGUUUUGAUAUCUUCUGUUUGUGCUUUUCACUUAAAAUUUCUUCUUUUAAGUACUUUUUAGAUUUCUGGUGAAGGUGUGAUACCUCUUUGACUACGAUAUAAUAAUCAUUUCUAUGCAAAGAUCCUGUGCAGCAGGAAAAAUAUGCCAAAUAAAUUUGUUGCAUCAGAAUAAUUAAUGAAUUGAGUUAGCGUGCACGUUUGUGGGUUUGUUUUCUGUCUUUCACUCUAUGCAUUAGGAUGAUGUACUAUUAAUAAAACAGCUAUUUCUUUUUACUCUCUUAAGAUAAUACUGCAGAUUCUAUAUGGCUUUCAGGUUACAGGACAAAUUAAACUUGACUGUUUUAAUGGUAAUAUGUGGUAAAAUGGUCAAAUAAUGGUCAAAACGCUAAAAUAAUAUGGCUUUUAAUGGUUCGUUCCGCUCCCAUUGUUAAAUCCUACUGAAGCCUUCAUGCGAGGCUCAGAUAAACCAGGACACCGAGGGCAGGAAGCCAACCGCAGGACUCCCAGAUCUCCCGUGUUUCUUCAGGCACCUCCCCAUGGAAAGCUGCGUGUGUCCUUUUCUUUCUGAUGGAAGGCUCACCGUAGUGACAUGCAGAGAAUUUCAUAUGGCAGUUUUUCUCUGAAAUGCCGUGAUGUUUCAGAAAUGACAUCACAGCUGUGAUUUGUGACCUUUACUACGUGCCAGCUGAUAUCCAAACUAAGUGUAAGAGCAGAUUUCGAUUCAGGCUGCUGAAGCCAUUCCCAGCUUCCCUUUCUUGCUGGGGUGCCCGCCCCUGCUGGAAGCCAGGUGAGAGGAUACUCGUACAUACGCACUUUGACGGGGGAAUUAAUCUGGGAAUUUGAUUCUUGCAUACUUUGGGUUUUUUGGGUUUGGGUUUUUUUCCUGCUCAAAGAUUAUGAAUAUUCAGAUGAGUUUCAAGGGUAUCUGUAGAGAAGAUAUAACUGGUGUUGGGGAAUAUUUUAAGGCGUAUGAUUUCUGCUCAUUUCUUUGUGACUUGAUCCCUGCUUGUGCUUUUAAAUUUUACAACAAACAAAUUUACUGAUGUGAAUAACUGCUGCAAUAUAAUCAACACCAAACAACUAACAACACGGAGGAUUAAACCAAACGGCAGGCAAUGCCUGGUGCUGUUAAUCAGUUUUGUAGGUGAGCAAUAGCUGAGUGAUGAGCCAUUCAUUUUUAUAGAAUUAAUAACCAUGGUAUCUGUUUACCAUGAUAAUAGUGGUUUUACAUCAAAUUUAUUAAAUAUUUCAAUUUUCCCUCCAAAUCAUUUCAGGAACAUAAAAGCUGCUUGGAGAUAGUCUGCUCUUUCUUUUAAAGAACCAUUGUUGAAAUAAAGUUAGCAAAAAUUUCCUCUGCUUUCAAGGCAUGGUGCCUGUGCUUGUUUUUUCUGAUGUGCUUGACAAGAGCAUAGCUGGUGAUGCACACCACUGACAGAUCCUCAGCUGUCUCUAAAUCCAGCCUUUUGACCUUCACAGAACAUUCCUGACUGUUUCCUGAACCGCGUUCCACAUCUUUUUCCCUCAAGGUAUGCCACUUUGUACGCCAGAUAUUCCGAAGGGUUUUCCAUGGAGUUACAGUUAUUGUUACAAAUCUUAACGUGUGCUAACUUGGAAACGAGAUUUAUUUGUGUUUUUCUCCAAUGCCUCAAGUCAAAUGGAGAAUCUCUGGAGCCAAGAAUACCCUCCGUAGAGGAGAACGCUGCGGUACGCCCGUGGUGCCACAGCACAUCCCAAGAUCUGCUCGUUGGCUCCUAGGCUACGUAACAUAGGCUGUAAGACCGUGAUGCCCCUGAAGAAAAUUUAACCUUUGCAACAAUUUCAGAUACACAGUUCUGGAGAGAAGCUCUGCAGAGUGGAUUUGGAAAAAAAGGUUAUAAAUCCAAAAUCGCCAUCUUAUUUUUUUAUAAAUAGUGAAAUUAAAAAUCUUUCAGGUCUCAAAUUGAAACCCAAAGAUCUUUUUA